CAUACUUCCCAGCUAAAGAGCACGUGACAAGGUACACGAGACGGGAAUGAAGCACGCCCUUAUAUAUUAUAGAUGUGUGGAGCUGUGAACAGGUAAUUUUGAAUCUCCAACAGAAUACGUGAAAGACGACGUCCAACUCAGCAGUUCAACCAGGUCAUGAUGACGCUGGUGUAAAUGGGUGUUGGUUCCAACACCACGACGGUCGUACCGGGGGUAACGCCAGCUGACCUGGGGGUAGUGCACCCGUGUAACUACUCAUACCUAUGCACGGAGGAGUCGUCGUUCCUUGGAGCUGAUCUCCUCCAAUUUGCCCCGUGUCCACCUCCCUGGAAGAAAGAUUUGUUGUGGGAAGUAGCUAAACAGAAGGGGUUAGCAGAUGAUGAGACAGAACAGAUAGCCUCGAGGUGUGUUAUUCCCCUGCCACAGGCACCCGGCCAGUGCGGGUCGUCGUGCAUCGCCAUCUCUGUUAUAAGCGGAUGUAUACUACUGACGAUAUGCUUCGCUAUUUUGUGCUGGUGCAGGAGAAGAGGCAUGGUAAGAAAGAGUCCAAGAUCAACCAACCAAAACAAUACAGAUCACGUACAGGCGACUGUCCAGACCCGGAAGGCAGACCCCGUGUAUGAGGAGUUCCAGGAGGGCCGUGUGCACUACAGCAACAUAAUGGAGAGUGCCUAUGACAAUCCUGCCUACACUAGUGACCUCACCACCGACCACGCCCGCAGUAACAGUGAUACCAGUAACAACAGUCACACCCAACUCAACGGCACAGCAGCCAAUCAAAAUAACAAUAAAGCCAACAUCAACGAGGACGUCAGGCUAUAAAACAUGACACUGUGGUAACAGUCACACCCAACUUAACGGCACAGCAGCCAAUCAAAAUAACAAUAAAGCUAACAUCAACGAGGACGUCAGGCUAUAAA